AUGCUGUGGUGCAGUGGCUUGGCCGGGACAGGGAAGAGCUCGAUUGUGGGCACGCUGCAUGAACAUUUCGUUGUUCACACCAGUGCACGCAACCGUCUUGGCGCCUUCAUUCGUUAUGAUCGCAUUAGAUACCCGGACGCGUCACAUCUGAUCACCAGUAUUGCAUACUCGUUGGGGAUGUUUGACCGACGUAUUGGGACCGUCAUCUCCAAAGUCCUUCAAACAAACAGAAAUGUUUUGGGGCUGUCACCAGAUUCGGCCAAAGAGCAAUUCGACUUGCUUCUCCGACGCCCGUUGGAGAGCCUGCCAGAUUUAGCUCUGGAAGGACCGAUAGUCAUCAUCAUCGAUGGUUUGGAUGAGAGUGACAUAACCAAGGAGAUGCUCGCUGUUUUAUUUGGAGGAUUUGGCUCAAAGUUGCCCUUCAUACGACUGCUUGUCUUCAGUCGUCCCAUUGAAAGGAUACAACACUCGUUCCAUUCCGUGGAUCCGGCCGCUGGUGCAUUCCACUUCGUUUUGGACGCUUCGGAACAAUCGGAGCAUGUCCAACGCGAUAUCAAGUAUUUCAUUAAUGUCAAGUUUGGUGAAAUUUACAAGGCUGAGCCUCCAGGUAGUACAUUCAAAAACACCUGUGAAGAGCGCUACGCAGUGGAUAAGCUGGCACAGCGGGCCAGUGGGCUCUUCAUCUGGGCCGCCGCAGCUUGCAACUUUAUAUCUGCUAAUCCCAAUGGAAGAAUGCUCAAUGCGUUUCUGGAGAGUAACCUCCCAGCAAAUGCCAUCGACUCCUUGAACAUCCUUUAUCGCACUGCUCUGAAUACUAUAGUGUUUGAAUGGAAGCUGGAUGACGUG